CGCUUAAUGUAAUAUGGAAAUAAAUUUAUUACUUUCCUCAUCUGAUAUUUGCUCUCUCCUCCCAUUUCCUCUUUCCUCCCUGCCACUGUCCCUUAGCUUCAGCAGAGAGCCCCCAUUCCCUUCUGCUCUGCUCUCCUCUGCCUCGGUCUCAAUCCCUACGAAGAACAUCAAUUGGAAUCAUCAAUGGUCAGUCAGGUGAUCAGAAUGGGGAGCGAAGAAGAUAUCGGCCCGCCAUGGCUGAAGCCUUUGCUGCGGGCGAGCUACUUCACGCCGUGCCCAGUCCACGGCGUCUCCGCCAAGAGCGAGUGCAACAUGUUCUGCUUGGACUGCAUGGGGAAUGCUCUCUGUUCUUACUGCCUGGUCCAUCACAGGGAUCACCAUCUUCUUCAGAUAAGGCGAUCGUCGUACCACAAUGUGGUGAGGGUGAACGAGAUUCAGAAGUACCUCGACAUCUCCUGCGUCCAGACGUACAUUAUCAACAGCGCGAAGAUUGUGUUUCUCAAUGAGAGGCCACAGCCGAGGCCAGGGAAGGGUGUCACCAACACUUGCGAGAUCUGUUGCAGGAGCCUUCUCGACGCCUUCCGGUUUUGCUCCCUGGGAUGCAAGCUUAAUGCAAUGAAGAGGGGCGACCCGGACCUCACAUUCACAGUGAGAGCCAAGCACAGUAGGGACUCCCUCCUCGGGGAAUCCGAGUCGGAUGAGUCGUCCACGCCCAAGAAGGUCAAGACGUCACGCAGUUACGGCCACCUGAUGGAUGGAUUCUCCGUCUUCUCCGAUGACUCCCACAAGACGGACCACAGCAGAGAUGAUUCCUCAUCAAACCUGUCCCCGUCUACUCCUCCUAUAUACAACCACAGCAAUGCCCGCAGGAGAAAGGGCAUUCCCCACCGGGCACCCUUCUAAGAAAAUCAUCAUAGGAAUGAAAAAAGAAGAAGAAAAAGAAAGCAAUAAAAAAAAAAAACAAUAUACGAGAAGUAAAAUAUGUGCGGAAAAACAAUAUUCUAGGCUUCGCUUUUUCUAUGUACUUCCGUGUAAAUAUAUAGUUUGGAUUAUAGGGUUGAAAUACAGUGAAAUAGAUGCCAGAAAUGGUUAACUAGUCAUGCAUGUGCAUGUACUAAUUUCUCUUUUUAUGUGGCAGAGAUUAGUAUUUCCUUUUUCAUAUUUUGUACAUAAUAAUAUACAAGCAAAUAUUGUACAGAGCUUGAUGGCA